AUGAGUGCGCGAGACCAUGACAUAGUACAGUCUCAAGCUGCAGACGAGCCAGCGACCGCCUCUUCGCCCUCCCCACCACGCCGUGAACCUGAGGUAGACGCAGACGCCAACUUCACUCGCAAACGCCCUCGACUGGACGACGGCGCCGCCAGUCUGCGUGCAGUGUCGACCGACUCUGAAUCUCCCAGCAAAGCAAUCAUGUCGCCACACAAGGAGAUGGUCGCCAUGACGAUACGGGAGCACCUGGCCUCCUCUCCCGAGCUCGCAGAGGAUGAGGAGCACACCCAAGUUGCUACUGGGCCGUCCAUCAACCAAAUUCCCACACCCACAGCCUCGCCUGUCAUGGUAGAUGGCGCGCAGGAUGAACCAGCCAGUCCGCCUGUCAUCGAGAUCAUCGACGACGAAGAUGAGAAUGAGCCAACAGCGACUUUCACGGUGCAGCUCAACGCCGAGGACCACUUCAGACGAUUCCCCUACCGAGCGCGCUUCCGAAGCGCAAUGGAUGCUUUGCGCGAAAUCACCAGCUACGUGCAGAAAAACCUAGAUAUUCCUCAUGAUCUCCUUCCGUCCUUGGAGCAAUGGCUCCGCGGCCUCCCUGACGGCCCUUCGGCCAAUCUGCAAACCUUCUACGUGACCAAGAUGGUCUUUUGGACCGACUUUGCAAACUUGGUGGACAAGCUUCUACGGCGGAGGUACCAUUGGACGACUGCUCUCGCUGGCCAAGAUGAUGACAUGAGCAGGUAUCCUUUCGGAGACUCGUUCGGCGACGAUGCGGCGGUAGACGAAGCUUUUUCUGGAUUCUUCGGUGCCUACAUGAAGCUUUGCUCCCAUCUUUUCCUGGUCGACGUACAUCUGCUGAACCACCCACGCUCCGACGCGGAGCAGUAUUCUUCCCCUUUGAUCAGCGAGAAGCAUCUGCGCCACCUUCACACAAUCUUUUGCCAAGAGAAAAUACCGCUGUUUCAUCUACUGCGUAGAGAACACGCUGUUGACGUGCGCGAAAUCGGUAAUCGCCUACACAUGGAAUUCCUCUCAUCCAAUGGCGCUCAGAACCUUCUGCGGCUAGCUGACGAAGCGUUCCGCAAAGUACCCAUGUCCGUACAGACUUCUAUCGCUAUGUUCACGCCUCAGCUGUUGGGCACACUGGGCUGGACCAUCAGUCGUUUUCCAAGCCCAAGCGGUGGCAUCAAUCCUAAUGAAUACUAUCGCGGAACUCUGAUGUUUUUCAGAAAGUACACUGAAGAUCUCGAAGAUCCGGCAAAAAUCACCGAUGCUAGUGUCGCAAGAGACAUGAUCGUAUACUUCUCGGCCCUCAUCCAAGAGAUUUGCCAGUGGGAGCAUCAGACCGCCAAAAGCCUAGCGCACGACCUACUGGAUUUCCAUGAACAGGGGUCACCUAACAGUUCCUCACCUGCAGAUGCCAAGGCCAGUGCAGAUUUCGAUGACUAUCUCCAAUAUCCGGACAUUCUUCCUAUUCUGAUUGCGAACGCUUGGAAGUUCAAGUUGCUACGGAAAUACAUUGUCAAGGGACGAAUGGAACUGCGCGUCAUGAGCAUAUCUUUUAUGGAUACAGUCCUGGUUGACCUCCAUCGCGAAUACAACACUGUCGACUCAGACAAACAUCCUGUCUUACGGUACAUAGCCGAUGUUCUUCUCCGCGGACGAGUCGUUGACUACAUCAUCAGCGUAGACUCACAUCCGCAGCUGAUCUCUCGAAGUGGAAACAUCGUUGGCUUUCUCGUCGUCACCCAGCGAUGGAUGGACAGCCAAGCCGAUGCCGUCUGGAAUACCGUGUCCCACAGCCCUGAUCCUCGCGUCGUCGCAGCUACCAUGACUAUGCUUCGAAACAUUGUUGGGCUAAUGAGUGCCUCGGAUCAUCUGUAUCUCUGCUCGAAGAUCCACGGCCUAUUUAUCGAAAGUUUCACACUGGAUAUACUGCGUUUUCUGCGGGAGCUAACUAUGAAACUCCUCGAUCGUCAUCCUCCUGUAGACUGGAGUACGAGUAAUGAUACGGCACGACCUUGGAAUGUCUGCGUCCGGUUGAUACAGGAUACUGCGCCUAGAGAUGGUGCGACCAAGCACGACCUUGACCUCAACGCGGAAGCCGAUGAGCAGUUACGGUUGUUAGCUCGAAACAUACCGGAGCCAGACCAACACGAUAUCUACAGGAGAUGCUUGAAAAACAUCGCUGAGCGUUCUAGAUCAGCUACGGGGUCGGUUAGAGUUAUCUUCAUUCUGACUUCUUUCGGCGAUAUCACAUUCUUACAAAGCAACGAGGAUAUGGUACGCCAGAUUCUUGAGGAAUUGCCCUCCUUUGUCAAGACAGAGACUGGAAGCAGACCCCACACCUUUCAAAUACCUGCUUUGCAAUACAGGCUUGAGCUACUCGCACUGUUGGUCUAUAGAAUUGGCCAAAUCAUUCCUAAAGACCUCUACAACGACCUGUGGGAUCAUGUUAUUGGCCAGCAUGCCUUAUCGGACCAUGCUCGCGAUCUGGCAUGGGCUCAGCUGCUGGAUGCGGUCAAGCUUUCGCCUACCAAUGAGUUCUGUCGUCAGCUUGUCACCACGUAUGUGCCGGUUAUGGACCCGCGGUACUACACUCCGGGCUUGUAUGAGUUCGUGGCUAGGUACAGCUUCCCUAUCAUACGAAAAACCAUACAGGUUGAUUGCGAGGAUCAAUUGCUCUUGCAGAUUCCGGGCGGUAAUCUUUUAUGGUCGCUGAUGCUGUCUAGCCCUCAAGGCACCAUCGAAGAGGCAGCUUCUUGUGAACUCGCCACUAGAUAUACGCAGAUCGCUCAAAGUCAAGAAGUCACUGUUCCGGAGGUCGAGAUGGCACAUAUUGAGCUUGUUGAGCGGUGCAUGGCAGAGUUACGGUCUGCCUUCAAACAGUUAUGCGACGGAUCCGAUACAAGUAAGCUGGACGGAAGAACUCGGUUUGGUCGCGUUCUCGUAUUUCAGAAGCGGAUGCUCGAAGUAGUUCGACAAAAGCCCGAGUUCAAUCGCGCGCGCAGAGCCGACUCCAAGGUCGAAUCGAUGGAUAUCGAUGUUCCAGCCGCAAACGCCAUCAUCCUCCGAUAUCAAUUCGAACGCGACAGGCAAAGCAUAGCAAUCGCGCCCGAUCAAACGAUCGACGACCUUUAUCGUAAGCUGUGUCGCGCAACAGGGUGCACAAAAAUCAACCUAUUUGCUGGGGGUCAGAAGCUUAGCACAGCCCAACGUGCUGGUCAGAAGAUUGCUGAUGCCAACAUCGGCGGUCAGCUCCUCGUACAACCAAUUGAAAGAAGCGGAAGAGCACAUGCUGUAUCUGCACCAGUCGCUGGCUCUUCGGAGUUCGAGACAAAUUUAGUCAAGUACUUUGACGAGAUGUUUGGAUGGAUGGAUGCAGAUGAUGCGAUAAGUCCGCUGCUCUUCGAGUUUCUGACACUGUUUCCGUAUCGCACCACGAUCACAAACAGCGUGGUCACUGGCGAAGCCACACUCAACGGUCUGUUCCCAGCUGGGAAAUUCUUCCAGGCGAAAUACGCUACUCAAGCCAUAUACAGUAAACUCCAGGACCAGUUACGUAGUUCAGCUUUGGAUGAGACCUUUUUGAUCAACGCUAUCAGACUACUUGAUCAUGCGCUACUCAGUAAAGAGCUGCUUGGCAACGAGAUCUCCCUUUCGAGAGGAUUUCCACUUGCGGCUGUACUUGUGAGUACCAUGUUGGAGUUCCUCAGAGAGCGUCCUUCUUUCGAUCUAUUAGCUGAAUACUUCUCUGAUGCGCCCGCAUUGGCGAAUCGUCUCAUGGAAAUCCUUGUGACCAGCCUUCAAACGACGAGUACGACCACGGUUACACAAGAGUGCUAUGAUACCAUCACAGAAGCUUCUUUGUGCUCGUCUGCAGUCUGGCAGACAUUCUGGACGCACCCUCAGGUUGCUCACGUCCAUCGAGUGCUUCUGUUGCUCGAUGAGCGCGAAAGCCUUCGAGAGCACAUCAAGCUGAAGAUCCUCUCCAUUUGUGGCGGAGACCUUCCAUCCUCUUGUCCGUUGGACAGAGCUGAUAUUGCUUCUCACUACUGGGUCGCCAUUGCAAACAUAUUACCUGAAGUUGCUAAUAAAUCUGAGCAAUCAGUGCAGCUUUUCCAGUUGGCUGAGCAUGUCUUUCGAGCACAUGAUGAACAUAACCGUAGCGAGGAAACACUGCGCUCACUCCUCCAUAGCUGGAGCUCGUCGCUACUGGCUCACGAGCACUCCGAAAUUCCUGGCCGCUACAAAGUUGACAAUGUUGUCCUGGGUUUCACUAAACUACUAUUGUGUCUCAUACCCUCUUUGAAGUCUUACAAACGUCCCUUGAACGCUGGCGCACUCAUUUCAUCCAUCUUCGAGAAGUUCCUCUUCACUAGACGCACAUUGUCUAUCAAGAGUACAGCGCACGAAGAUGACUGCGCCUCGACUUCGCUCCCUAUUCUCGACAGUAAUACUCGACGGGAGCUCUAUGAUCUCAUGUUGGCCCUGGUUGACGACAGCCACUCUUACGACUGCCUGCUUCAACUCAGCAGUGAGGUAGAGAACAAGGAAGUCGAUAACAUCAUGCCCGGUGUAUCAGUCGACCGUAGCGUCGAAAUCCGUUCUCAAACAGGAUAUGUCGGUCUACACAACCCUCGUGCUAUCUGCUACAUGAACUCCCUACUAACACAGCUGUUCAUGAAUAUGGAUUUUCGACAGUUCAUGCUGGGCAUUGAAGUGAAGGACGGUAAUGGGUCCCAGCGACUUCUACUGGAGACGCAAAAGCUUUUUGCGACUAUGCAAAACUCUUAUCGCAAAGCUGCUGACCCCCGCCCGUUUGCCGCAUGUGUACGAACGCUGGACAAGACUCCUAUCGACAUUGGAGUGCAGAUGGAUGCCGAUGAAUUCUACAACCUGCUUUUCGACCAAUGGGAGGCGCAGCUCGUGAGCGAACUUGACAAGCGAAGAUUCCGCAGCUUCUAUGGCGGACAGAUGUUGCAACAGGUCAAGUCCAAAGAGUGCGAACAUAUUUCGGAACGAGCAGACUCAUUCUUUGCACUACCGUGCGAUGUGCAAGGGAAAGCCAACCUACAAGAAAGCCUCCAGUCCUUUGUGCAAGGGGACGUCAUGGAAGGAGACAAUAAAUACAAGUGCGAGUCCUGCGGCGGCAAGUUUGUCGACGCAGUGAAACGGACAUGCCUUAAAACUGCCCCGGACAACCUGAUCUUCCAUCUUAAACGAUUCGACUUCGAUUUGACCGAUUUCAGUCGGAGGAAAGUUCAUGAGCAUUUUGGCUUUCCAGAAGCGAUCGACAUUGGUCUCUACAACGUAGAACAUCUUGGUGAUCCUACAAAGCCACAUACCGAAGACUUCUUUGAUCUUGUCGGGGUUGUCGUGCACUUCGGCAACUGUGAGAAUGGUCACUACUAUUCUUACAUCCGCAAGCGACCUCGUCCGACUGGCGACGCCUCACCUACUUGGCUCAACUUCAACGAUCAGGAAGUCGAUCCUUUUGAUCCAGCAGAAAUUCCCCAGAAAACAUUCGGCGGGGCUACAGACGAUGGUUACAACAGACAGUACAAGCUCUAUUCCGCUUACAUGCUGUUUUAUCAACGGAGAACAGCUAUCGAAAACGACCAACAGCGAUGGGCUGUCUCUUCACAAGCACAGCCACCAAAAGUCGAGAUUCCUCGAUCCAUCGAACACGACAUCGACCUUGAGAACGAGCUCUUCCUCCGAGAGUACUGUAUCCUGGACCCUUACCACUCGGCUUUUGUGCGACAGCUGAACAACACGUCACGUAGGAUCAGUCACGGAAUGUGUUCAGAAGAUCACGUCCAAGAGGCUACCGCACUGGACAUUUUCUUAGCACACCUUAGUCGGGUAGUCUGGCGUCAGCAGAUUACUUCUAUAUUCGAAGAAGCCCUCGUUCAUCUCCGUCGGUCCGCAUUGUCAUGCGAGGUUUGCUGCAAUAUUGUCCUUCAAUGGCUGGCGCGAGACGAAGAAGGACUUCACAACCUGCUCUUGCGGUGCCCUCACGCAAGCAUCCGGUCACAAACCCGAUCGUUACUGGUCGACAGCCUCAAAUUCCUCCGCGGAAAGGACCCUGCUCUGUAUGGUGUGAGUGGUACAGACAGCGACACCGAUUCAGAUUCCGCAGCCAUUGGUGCUGGGACUCUAAGUAUCGUUGCAAAGCGAUUUGUAACACUCGUAGAAGGAUCAUACAGAUCUGCAAGAGCUUGGGAUGAUCUGUACCUGGCAUUGACGCAAAUAGCCGAAAUGGGCAGUUCUGAGACAGCCGCGCUAUUGGAUGUUGGCGUCUUGGACCUUUGUUUACAAUUGUUCUGUAUGCAUGCGCAUGUCAGAGUCGCCGAGGAGCGUACUGAGUUCGUACGAGUCCUGGAAAAGAGGAAAAGCAUCUACAACAGACUUGUCGGCUUUGUAUUCACGGUGCUCUUACGCAUGGAUAUUAACUUGCCAGUUUGCGAUGGGUCGGAUCGGUUCGCCAAAAUCGACCAAGAGCAGAUGCGCUUUCCGCUUACUCGACAGGAGAAGAGCUUGCUGCUAUGGUGGCACGUUGACAUGAAGGCUUUUGCAGUUGUGGACAAGAUGGUGGAGUUGUUCGACCCGACAAAGACAGAGUGUUUCUAUCCUGGAGAGGUCGUGAAGUGGAUGGCUACUUCACUCGACGACCAAGUACAGCGAAGGAUACUCAUCAUGAUCGUUCAGGGUAUUACAGAGCUUAACACUCCCUACUGCGACGCAUAUCUACGCGUAGCCUCAUGCUACUGCGAGGUGGUUACCAAUGUCGACAGUCUCGGCAAAAUCUGUGACACGGUAGUCGCCACUGUUGCGACGAUUGAACAACCGUCUGACGAAAACUGCGUUCCUGGUGGCGAGAACAUCUUGUUUUUCUUCAGAGACCUGUGCAGGAUGACCAACCCCUUUGUCUCAGCAGCGGACGUCUCGUGGUGUCUUCUUGACAAGAGCGACAGGUUCGCCAUUCCAUUACUUCUGUACUCUGAGGAAGUUGUUCGUAAAGGUGCGCACGAUUUUGUACGCGGCCUUUACACAAAACACAUGGAAGAUCCUCAAAACUUGGACGAGGCCUACAAAUGUGCACGAGCCACGGCUGCUGAGAUCAUCAAGAAGGUCUCACACGAAUCAAGUUCAGGCACACCACGCUCUUAUCUGGGCCCUAUGCUGGAAACAGGCAAUUUUCUCAUUGAAAUGCUUCAUACUCUGGACAAGAGCGAAGAUCCGAACUUUGUCACACUCAAGGAUACCAACGACAAAGCACUCAUCUUCCAGUGGCAAAUCGAAGUCGAAUCGAGAGUAAACAUGUUACCCGAGAACAGCACCCCAAUAUCCAUGGGUGAAGGGGUGUUUGAUCAGUCGGACUAUGGAAGUGAGUCCGACGAUGUCGAGCUUCUUGAUUCCUGA